AGUCGACGAGGUGGCUGUUUACGGCAUCCAUCUUAUUGGAGGGGAAAAAGUAGGGUCAGGCCGGGGGCGUCUCUCAUUUGGUAACCAAUUUACCAGUUAUGCUCCCUCGGGUCGUGGUGCUACUCCCACACAGCACGCCGCUCUGGUCUUGUUUGACCCUGGUCUGUUUGUUCGAUGGUAUUACUAGGUGCGAUAGUUGAUCAUACGCAUACCCCAUAAAUUUUUUUUCCGCAACGAGCUGUAGCAAAUGUCUCGUCUCUUCCUCGUCGUGCUGGGUAUUUCCCGGUUGUGUGUCAAGAGUUUGUCGCCCUCUGGCAUGGUUUGGUGCCUGGAUUUGGUAGCGCCGUGGUUAUAUAUGACGCAGUCAAGCAAAAGGCGAGAAAAGCCAUGCAGAAAAGCCAUGCGGGCUUGGAGAGAGAAACGAGUUGUUGCGUUUGUAGGAUGGGUUUUGAUUGCUAAAUGCUGCAAACGCAACUACGGAGGGACGAUGCUCAGUUGCAGUCCUCGGUGGAGUUGCUACGCAGUACUCAUAAUAUCUUGGGUAGGUUGCUUUGCUGGGAGGACCGGCGUGUAUGUACGGAUAGUUAUAACACGUUGUUACCUAUGGUAAGGGAAUCAAUCAGUCAAUCAACGAAGCAGAAGGACGAUACGAGUUGAUCG